AUGCAGGCCGAGAGGCUGGCCGAGCUGGUGGGCCACCUCAGCAUGGGACAGGACCUCUACAUGGGCCGGUCAGAGGAGUUCAUCGGUGGGGAAGAGAGGGCCAGGUACUGCCACGGGGGUUAUGGCUACUUGCUCUCCCGCAGCCUGCUGGCCCACCUGCAGCCCCACCUGGACACCUGCCGCAACGUCAUCCUCAGCGUCAGGCCUGACGAAUGGCUUGGGCGCUGCAUCAUCGACUACCUGGGUCUGAGCUGUGUGGAGGUACACCAGGACAUGACAUAUCGCUCCUUUGAGCUGGGGAAGAAAGCAGACCCAGAGCGAGAGGACAGUGCCCAGUUUAAGAAUGCCUUCACAGUCCACCCUGUGUCAGAGCCCAGCCUCAUGUACCGGCUGCACAAACGCUUCAGCCAGAUCGAACUGGACUGGACCUACCUACAGAUACAGCAGCUGCAGGUCCAGAUCAACAACCUGAGUGAGUUGACCCCAGAGGGUAAGGUGGGGGCCAUCUGGCCAAUUGGGGUCAAUCCUCCCUUCAUGCCAAAGACUCGUUUCGAGGUCAUCAACUGGGAGUACUUCACAGAGGAGCACAUCUACUCAUGCUCUGACAAUGCCCCCAAGUGUGAACUGCGUGGCGCCAACUGGGCCGACGUGAGCGCCGUGCUGGAGACGGCCGUGAAGCACCUCAACGAGCACUACCAGCCCCAGCUGCGCUUCAAGAAACACCGCCUGCUCAACGGCUACCGGCGCUUCGACCCCACCCGGGGCAUGGAGUACGUGCUGGACCUGGCCCUGGAAGCCUUCACACAGAAAGGUCACAGCCAGGUGAUCGCCAAGCGGGUCAGCCUGCUCCGCCCCCUCAGCACCAUUGAGAUCAUCCCCAUGCCCUAUGUGACGGAGGCCACCCGGGUGCAGGUCAUCCUGCCCGUCUCGGCCCGCGAGCAGGACUUUGUGGGUAACUUCCUGGACAUCUAUGCAAUGAACACGCUGGACACGCACGACAAUGUCCUGCUCACCUUCCUGUUUGUCUACGACCCCUUUGACGCCCAGCGCGUCAGCCAGUCGGACGUGUUCGCCGGCAUCAAGGCCAUGAUCGGAGAGGUGGAGAAGCGCUACGGCAACGUGAGGAUCCCCUGGAUCAGCGUGAAGACGGAGGUGCCCUCGCAGGUCAAGCUGAUGGACAUAAUCUCCAAGAAGCACCCGGUGGACACGCUCUUCUUCCUGGCCUCGGUGUGGACCAAGGUCAACGCCAACUUCCUCAACCGCUGCCGCAUGAACGCCAUCAGCAACUGGCAGGUGUUCUUCCCCACCCACUUCCAGGAGUUCAGCCAGACCAUCAUGUACCGCGACCAGCAGACCUUGGCCUCCUUCCCCGCCGAGGCCCUGCGCGACGGACGCUUCGACCACCACGUCUUCGAGGAGGCAUGCUUCUACAACGCCGACUACAUGGCGUCGCGCACCAAGAUGGCCGCUGACAUCCUGGACGACGACGAGCUGCUGGAGAGCAUGGACGUGUACGAGAUCUUCGUGCGCUACUCGGGCUUGCACGUGUUCCGGGCGGUGGAGCCGGCGCUAGUGCAGAAGUAUGUGCGGCGGGCGUGCAACCCGCGCUUCAGCGAGGACAUCUACCACCGCUGUGUGCUCAGUAACCUGGAGGGCCUGGCCUCGCGGUCGCACCUAGCCAUGGCCCUGUUUGAGCAGGAGCAGGCCAACAGCACUUAGGGGGUCUAGUGGUGCUUUUCCACUGAACCACUGGUGUCACUCCAGGCUUUUUUCAGGGACAGGCCUCAGAAGGCAACAUCUUUGGGCCAAACACAGGUGCAAAGCCUGACAGUGGAAAUGCACCAUAGGUUUACCAUCUAGAAUGACUUGAUACCUUUGGCCUUCUUUAUGAACCUGAACCACACCGCCUAGACUUUUGGACGAGGCAUAUUAUGGGAUGUUGAAUCUCCAAACAGAUCCCUAAAGACCAAGAACCCAUGUACAAUCUUAGGCCUGUAAAGACUGAGGAGUGAUGUUAAAACGUGUGUUCCUGCAAACUGCGUGCAGGCUGGCAGAACUCUGUGCUUUCACUCCAAUGGUAGCCCAAGGGGAGCUUCUAUCGGUAGGUGAUGAAUGAACAAUGAGCCUUGAGAAAACCGGCAUGAGCCAUAUGUCUUCCUUCAUGGCUGUGCUGAAUUAUGAUUCUAAUAAUGGAUUUAAGGAGAAGCCAUUGAGUGUAUGUGUAUUUUCUUUCAAUUGAUUCUUAGUAUGUUUAUCCCAUAGACAGUGUGGUUUAUUUCAUUCCCUAGACAGAUAGGGUCUGUUUUUUUUCUACGGAUAUUAAAGGCAGAUGUCGCUUCUGGA